CCAAACAAAGCAGUUCACUCAGGUAUCCCCGGAUUGGGAGAAGUUGUUCAAGAUAUAUUAACAAUUUUAAACCCAAAUAAAGAUAAGAGUUUUAGUCAUGUCUGUGAACUAUGCUGCUGGCCUUUCUCCGUACGCAGACAAAGGUGUCUGCGGACUGCCUGAGAGUUUUGACACUCCUGAAGAGCUAAAGGUGAAAGUGGAGAACCUUGCUCAGCUGAUCAAAGAAUCUCAGUAUAUGGUUGUCCACACAGGAGCUGGAAUUAGCACUUCAGUAGGCAUCCCUGACUUCAGGGGUCCCAAGGGUGUGUGGACUCUAGAAGAAAAGGGUGAGUCCCCUCACUUUGACACCACAUUUGAAGAUGCCCGCCCUAGUUUGACUCACAUGGCCCUCCUGGGACUGCAGAGGGCAGGAUACCUGAAAUAUCUCAUCAGCCAGAAUGUCGACGGGUUGCAUGUUCGAUCAGGUUUCCCCAGGGAUAAACUAUCAGAGCUUCAUGGAAACAUGUUUGUGGAGGAAUGCGAGAAGUGUGGAAGGCAGUACGUGAGGGAAAAGGUGAUCGGUGUGAUGGGGCUGAAACCAACAGGACGUUACUGUGAGGUGGUGCGGUCCAGAGGGCUGAGGGCCUGCAGAGGAAAGCUGAUCAGCACUAUUUUGGAUUGGGAGGAUGCUCUUCCUGACAGAGACCUGAACAGAGCAGAUGAUGCAAGCAGACGAGCAGACCUGGCUCUGACUCUGGGCACGUCCAUGCAGAUCAAACCCAGUGGGGACCUUCCUCUCCUCACAAAGCGCAAAGGAGGGAAAGUGGUUAUACUCAACCUGCAGCCAACCAAACAUGACAAACACGCCCACCUACGUAUCAACAGUUAUGUGGACGAUGUCAUGAAGCAGCUGAUGGAGCUGCUUGAUUUAGAAAUUCCAAAAUGGGAGGGACCAACCAUCUGUGAGAGCUCUGCCCCGUCUGACACCAGUGCUGACGUUAAGCCCCCUCACAACGUUUCUGCAAAGGCCGAGGUGAAAAGGGACAUCAUCAAGCAGGAGAGGAAAAGAGAAGCGACAGAGCUAGUAGAGGAUGGGAGUGCAAAAGAGGAGACUAUUUCAAUAAAGAAAGAGCGAGCAGAUUUAACCGUGGAGACCGAGGAGAAAUAACCUCAGGAUUUCUUUAUUUUACUUUUCUUUUUUAGCUCAGGACACGUAAAAAAAAA